UGAACGUCUUCACACUUUUUCAUGUCUACAAAUUUCAAGGUUUCUUGAAAGUUUCUUUUACAAGUUCCUACAUAAUUCUAAGGCUAUUGAAUUUCCCUGGAGUUACCUGACAGAGCUUACCUGCUAAGCUUCCACAGCUUGCAGUUUUGGUGUUAUUGACUAGCUUAUUCCUUUGUGGAAGGUAAUCAAUCAUGCGAGCCAUCUAAUGUAUUCUGUCGCAAGGAAAAUCGUAGGUCAAUCGAGACCGCAUUGGAAGUUUGCAAGCAUUUGGUCUACCACGAGUCCACGAACUUCCAUUCCCCAGCGACUUUAUGCUACUGCACGGCUCGACCUACCUGCUUUAGACCGAAAAUGGCAACAGAUUCGGGAACAGAGAGAGCUGCCUCCCCAAGGUACUAGUUCUCAUUCUACUCCCAAGUCUGUCAGCUCUCAAUCUACCGACGAGCGCAUGUAUAUUCUUUCCAUGUUUCCUUACCCGUCAGGAAACUUGCACCUCGGUCAUCUCCGGGUAUAUACUAUAGCCGAUGUAAUAGCUCGCUUCCGCAGGCUACAAGGCUACGAUGUUCUGCUGCCAAUGGGCUGGGAUGCGUUUGGAUUGCCUGCUGAGAAUGCAGCAAUAGAGCAUGGCAUUGAUCCGGCCGUUUGGACAAGAGAUAACAUCACCCACAUGAAAGAGCAGCUUAAAUCUAUGAAUGCAAGCUUCGAUUGGUCGCGGGAAUUCGCAACAUGUGACCCAGACUUCUACAAACAGACCCAAAGAAUAUUCCUCUUACUGCAUAAGCACGGGUUCGUAAGCCAGAAAAAGGCGACUGUAAACUGGGAUCCUGUCGACAACACGGUCUUGGCCAACGAACAGGUCGAUUCCGAAGGUCGAUCGUGGAGAUCAGGAGCAAUGAUUGAGCAACGCGAACUUGAGCAAUGGUUCUUUCACAUCACUCAAUUCAAGGAAACCUUGUUGAGAGAUCUUAAGAAGCUGGGCGAGGGAGAUGCCUGGCCCGAACGAGUGUUAGCCCUGCAGAAGAAUUGGCUUGGCCGGACUGAUGGUGCCUAUUAUAUAUUCCCUGCGUACAUGGAGUCAAAAACGGCGGAACUGCAUAAGUUGAGGAUAUAUACCACGAGACCCGAAACUAUAUUUGCAGCUCAGUUCAUCGCAUUAUCGCCGCAGUCGCCUAUGGUCCAGCAACUGGCGCGAGAUGAUCCGGAUCUACGUGCCUUUGUGGAACGGGUAGAGGAUCUCCCUCCUGAUACGACAGAAGGCUAUCUAAUACCACACUUGAAAGCGAUGAAUCCGUUGACAUUUCUAGAGAGCAUUCAGCAACCAAAUUCCCAGCCUCUUCCUGUGUAUGUCGCCCCUUACGUUAGGGGAGACUACGAGACUGGGGCGAUUAUGGGAGUGCCAGCCCACGAUACAAGGGACUUUGCAUUUUGGAAGAGGCAUCUUCCCGAGGAACCUCUCAAGUUCGCCGUAUCACCUCAGCCGGAUGGACUCACCUCUUCUCUCAAAGACGAGCCUUAUUUAGAGCCAGGUUUGAUGACACCCAUUGCCGGCUUUUACUAUGGAAUGGCCUCCAGCACUGCAGCGAAGGGUAUCAUUUUCCAACUAAAGACGGCUUCGAACCUCGUGGAAAGUAGCACCAAGUGGAGAAUUAGAGAUUGGUUGAUUAGUAGGCAACGAUAUUGGGGUACCCCUAUUCCCAUCAUCCAUUGCCAGACGUGCGGGCCACAGCCCGUUCCGGAAGAUCAGCUUCCCGUCACCCUCCCCAAAGUAGAUACCCAUUGGGCAAAUGGCCGGACAGGCAAUCCGCUUGAAUCCGCUACUGAUUGGGUCAACACCACAUGUCCAAAGUGUCACGGUGCUGCUAAAAGAGACACCGACACAAUGGACACCUUUGUCGAUUCUAGCUGGUAUUACAUGCGAUUCCCGGAUCCCAAUAACUCGGAAGCGCCAAUCUCCAAGGCCGCUGCCAAAAGCUACCUCCCAGUCGACAUCUAUGUUGGCGGAGUCGAACAUGCCAUACUACACCUCCUAUAUGCUCGGUUUGUGUACAAGGCUGUAAUGGGCAUUCUCUACCCCGAAAUUGGGUCUGAAACCGAAGAGGGGAAACUUCUAGAGUCACCGCAAGACUUCUCGGGAGAGCCUUUUAAACGACUUGUUACGCAGGGUAUGGUGCACGGAAAGACAUACAAGGAUCCUGACAGUGGUCAAUUCCUGAAACCAGACGAAGUAGAUUUGUCGAAUCCAUCCGAACCUAAAGUGGUGGCAUCGGGAAAGACCGCAUCGGUCACAUUUGAGAAGAUGUCAAAAUCUAAACACAACGGUGUAGACCCCACUACUUUCAUUGCCAAGUAUGGGUCAGAUGCUACGAGAGCCCAUAUCCUCUUCCAAGCACCUGUUAGUGAGGUGUUGAACUGGGAUGAGGAUAAAAUCUAUGGCGUUACGCGCUGGUUACGCCGAGUAUACACUUUUGUGCAAAGUGUGCGAAAGCCAGAUAACAUACCAGGAACUGAGUUUGAUGGGGAAGCAUACUUUAGCAUGCCUGCCAACGGAAAAGGAUCUGCACAAUGGGAUGCAGACGUGGAGGUGUGGCGUGCGACACAAAACACCAUCGUCUCCGUCACCCAGGCACUAGAAAAAGUGUAUACCCUGAAUACCACCGUCUCUACUUUAAUGGGGCUCACGAAUGUACUUGUCGAAAACGGGGCGGCUUCGGAUUUGAUCAAGUACGAAACCACAGUUCAUCUCAUACGGAUGAUUGCGCCUAUCGCGCCAACAUUAGCUGAGGAGUGCUGGAGCAUUCUCAAGCCUACCGAGGUUAGCAUAUUCGUCCAAGGUAAAAGUACGUGGCCCGUCCCGGAUGGUUCGCUGCAGUACUUGGGACGAAGCCAGACAAGCUGCGUGGUACGGGUGAACGGAAAAGUGCGGUGCGUGGUGGAAAUACCGACCAGGCCAGCCGAUAUCGCGGAUAGCGGCGACGAAUUCCAGCAAUGGAUCACGGAGGAGAUUCUCAAAUCCGAUGAGGCGCUGUCCAAGUUAACGGGUGAUGCUGAUAUUCGUAAGGCGAUCAAGUUCUUCCCUGCAAAAGGGGGCACCGUCGUUUCUUACGUAGUUCCGAAAGAAAAGGAGUAAAUGAAGGGGGAGGGUGUAUAUUGUACCUAUAUGUAUAUAUAUUAGGUGCCUACCUGAGAUACCCGACUCGAUGCUUCCAACUAGGAUAGGUAUAUGUCCUUGAAUAACAAAAAUAAUAAAAAUCCCCA